AUGGCCAGCAAAGCCCACGCCUUCCAACAAGCAUGCCGCAUUCGGAUGCAGCCAAGCCCAAGACUCGAUCACCUCGCUCUUCAGAACGUUCCCAAUCCCGCCUCUUCGACGCUGGGUUUCCACAGCACGAGAUGCUUCGCCUCCCAGCAAACCAACCGGAGUCGUAUUUUAUCCUCUUCUGCAUCGAAGAAACCCUGUCCCUGCGGUAGCCACCCUGCGCACCGCGGCAGACCUGGUCAGCGGCAUGCCAGCACCAGUACCAGCACCGGCAGCGGUCCAGUCACAGGCCCGAGCAGACGGGCGAUCACCGUGACAAGCGACGACGGACGGUAUAACUGGUCUGAGCUGAGCACAGGGGAAAAGGCGGCGCGGGGGACACAACAGACGUUCAAUUUCCUGCUGGUAGCGCUAGGACUUGUGGGCACUAUCACGAUAUCCUAUCUCCUCUACACGGAGCUCUUCGCCCCAGACAGCGCCACGAUCCAGUUCAACGCCGCCGUCAACCGCAUCAAAGCGUCACCCGAGUGCCGCGAGCUGCUCGGCCCAGCAUCCCAGAUCAGAGCGUACGGCGAACCAACGUCGAGCAAGUGGGCGCGCGCCAGGCCGUUGGCUCAUGGUGCCGAAGUGGACCGCUUCGGCGCAACGCACUUCCGCAUGCAUUUCAACGUCGAGGGCCCCGAGGGCAAGGGCGUGGUGAGUGUGCAUAUGACCAAACCUAAAGACGCGGACCGGUUGGAAUAUCAGCUGCUCAGUUUGACCGUCAAGGGCCACGAGACGGUGUAUUUGGAGAACAAGGACGCUGAAAGGGGCGUCAAGGGGAAAGUCGGCAAGAUGUUUGGCGUGCAGUGGCGGUAG